GACUUUGGUAUCAUUCGGCAGUGUUGUUCUUUCACAGCCUAAGUUUAUCCUUUUCUUCGCGAAAGAUUUUUAUAUUUCUUGACACUUAAUCCGGCUUCUUUUACUUGAUCACUUAAACGUAUAAUAAUGAGCAGCUAAUUACAUGUUGAAACGAGUUUUUAUUAGCAUAAUAUAUCAAAUUGAUUAGUAUAAGAAUCAAUAUUCGUUGUUUUUUGGUUACAAAAUCACAACAUAAUUUAUUUUACUGAUAAUUUACUCUCUUAUUCAAGAAGUGUUUAAAAUGAGUGUUCGUCUGGUACUUAAAAAAAUAUCUACUAACACAUCAACAGGGGCAAGAUGUUAUUCAAAAAUCGGAUUCGUCGGAUUAGGCAACAUGGGCGGUUACAUGGCACAGAAUUUGUUAAAAAAAGGCUAUGAGCUCAUUGUAUAUGAUGUGAAUAAAUUGGCGGUGACGAGUUUAGUGGAGGCGGGUGCGAGUUGUGCAUCAAGUGCGGCUGAAAUGUCGAAAGAAGCUGAAGUUAUUAUCUCAAUGUUACCUUCGAAUGAACAUGUCCUUGAUGUUUACACUGGCAAGAAUGGUGUGCUUAGUGCAGCGAAAAAGAAUGCUUUGCUGAUUGACAGCAGUACCGUGGAUCCAUCGGUGUCUCAGUUAGUUGCAUCGCAGGCUCGGGAACGUAAUUUGAGGUUUAUCGACAGUCCUGUUUCGGGAGGCGUAAAUGCCGCCAAGGAUGGCACGUUGACAUUUAUGGUAGGCGGUUCAGAAAUAAAUUUUAACGAUGCGAAAUCCAUUCUCGAAGCUCUAGGGUCUAGGAUAGUACACUGUGGUGACAUAGGCAUGGGACAGGCGGCUAAGCUAUGUAACAAUAUGUUAUUAGCUAUUAGUAUGAUCGGUACUGCCGAGGCGUUCAACCUUGGGCAAAAGCUAGGCUUGGAUCCCAAAGUAUUGGCGGACAUUGUAAAUUCCAGCUCAGGCCGAUGUUGGUCUUCCGAUGUUUACAAUCCUGUUCCAGGAAUCUUGCCUAAUGUGCCCAGUUCGAAGAAUUAUGAGGGUGGUUUUGGAACAACAUUGAUGGCUAAAGACCUGGGAUUGGCGCAAUCCGCUGCGACCAGAAUGCAAGCUCCGAUUCCUCUCGGUUCCUUAGCGCAUCAAAUUUAUAGAGCAGUUAUCGCUCAAGGAUUCUCGAAUAAGGAUUUCAGCGUGAUCUACCAAUUUCUUAAAGGUACAAAUUGAACAGACUUGGAAGUUUAUAUUAAGUUUUAUUAAACUAAGACAUACAUUGUUUUGAAUAAAAUAAACGAAUUUUGUAUUUGAUAUUAUUUAUAAAAGUU